CAAAUUAGGCCAUACUAUUCCUAUUUGAAUAAUAUGCGAGGGUCAUCACUUGUAAACAGUGACCAUCUUCCUUUACUUAUCAUUAGUCGUGGACGUACAUAAGCAUGGUUGAUAGACCACCUGGACAUUAACUUUAAAGCUUUACACUCGCAUCGAUAGUAAUCUAAUGCCUAAUGUUGCAAUAACAGCAAUAUACCUGGGAUUCUAUUUUAGAUAUAAUCAUGACAUUUUUAGAAUUUUGUGGGAAUUCGACAUUUUGGGACGACCACGUACUCAAUGAAACCAAACCGAAGUUUACCGAGUGUUUUGUGACAACAGUGCCAGCGUUAGGUCCAGUAUGCUGGCUUUUGAUAACGUUCAUAUUUUGUGUAGUAGGAACACGUGACAGCUCUAUUUCAUCUAUACCAAUUAGAUCCCUAAAUGUUUUCAAGACAAGUAUAUGUUUGGUGUUAGCCAUUCUUAGUCUUUUUAUUUUGUAUGCUAAUAAUAAUUAUGGAUACAAGUGUGUCGACGAUCAAAGUAUUCCCACAUCACACAUAGUUAGUUGUUCACUUCUUACAGCAAGUUUUAUAUAUGUGGCGAUAUUAAAUCAAGUCAACAGAAGACGAGGUGUGGUUUCAUCUUGGUUGUUAUGGUUAUUUUGGAUAUUUGUUGUAAUUUGUGCUGCAGUACCGUUACAAGAUAAUAUUUCAUAUCAGCCAUUAUGUCUGAGUAGUAUAUUACAGUUUAUCAGUUUCGGAUUCUCGUGUGUUCAAGUUGUACUAUACAGUUUAGCUGAAAGUCCAAGUGUUUAUGGAUACGAAAGAAUAGGAAAGCCAGUAUGUCCGAAGCCUUAUUCAUCAGUAUUCUCGAAGCUGUUUUUCUGGUGGUUUACACCAAUUGUUCGAACUUGCUACAAACGGACAAUAAGUAAAGAUGAACUUUGGGAUCAACUUCCAGAGCUUCAAGCAGAAAGUCUAGUAAACGAUUUACAGUUGCGCUGGGCAGCUCAAGAAAAUAUUAAAAUUCGAAAGAGUUUUAGACACAAUAGUUCAUACAGAAGUCAGUAUUGUAAAAAUGGUACCACACCUGGGGAAAAGACAGCGCUAUUAAAAAGCAACAUUUCUGAGGAUGAAGACGAUCAAGUUCGACAAAACCCAUCAUUACAUAAAUGUUGUUUGAAACUGUAUGGAUUGGAAUGGUUUCGUGGAGCAUGUCUGAAACUUUGUUGUGAUUUCGCAACUUUGUUGCAACCUUUAAUUCUCAAGCUUAUAAUAAACGAGGCAGAGAAGCCUGCAGAUGAAAGAGUAUUGUGGUAUGGAAUCAUUUUAGCUGUACUUCUGUUCCUACUUGGUCAGUUGAAUGCUGUGUUAUACGUUCAUUCAAAUCAAAUGAUGUUAUCUUUAGGAUUAAAGGUCAAAACAGCACUAAUUGGUGUCAUUUAUAGAAAGACAUUAAAAGUAAGCAGCAAUGUGAGAAAAGAUUACACAGUGGGAGAAGUUGUCAACCUGGUUUCAGUGGACUGUCAACGUAUUCAAGAUGCAUUUACCUAUGCCGCAGAGAUAUUGUCAUUCUUUGUCUUAAUAAUAGUUGGCGUGUAUGAACUGUGGGUCGUAAUGGGAACUGCUACAUUAGGAUGCUUACUGGUCAUAGCUAUUCUCACUUGUUUAAAUGCUCUUUUUGGAAAACUACAACAGAAAUAUAUGAUGAACAUUUUAUAUUACAAGGGAAAACGAUGUAAACUAUUGAAUGAAAUCAUAUUUGGAAUGAAGGUUAUAAAAAUGUACGCUUGGGAACCAUAUUUUUCGAAAAAGAUAAGAGCAAUUAGAUUUAAAGAAAUGGUUAUACUACGCAAAAUAGCUCGUGUAACAGCAUGCUCAAUCCUUAGUGCAGCACACAGUCCUUUUAUGAUGAACUUUUCCAUUUUACUGAUUUAUACCCUGACAUUUACCACAGAACCAUUCAAUGCUUCGAAAGCCUUUCUUGCCUUGUCCGUUAUCAAUGUAUUAAGGUUCCCACUGACACUGAUCCCAUUUGUUAUCACUGGAGUUAUACAGGCUUUUGUUUCUAUCAAGAGAAUACAAAAGUUUUUAUUGACCGACGAUGUCAAUCCAGACAAUGUUCAAUUCAUCACAGCUUCAGAUUACGCUGUACGUAUACAAAAUGGCAGUUUCACAUGGGAGAAAAAUACAGAUAGACCAACAUUAGGUGGAAUAAACGUGGACAUCAAGGAAGGAAAACUGAUAGCAGUCGUAGGUCAGGUGGGAUCUGGGAAAUCAUCUUUUAUAGCAAGCAUAUUGGGAGAGAUGGAAAAACUUGAAGGUGAAGUUUUAGUUAAAGGUUCUGUGGCAUACGUUUCACAAGAAGCAUGGAUACAGAAUUUGACGGUUAGAGAUAACAUUUUAUAUGGACAUACACUUAGCGAGAGGAAAUACAACGGAGUCAUUGAAAGCUGUUGUCUAAAAACAGAUCUCGAGAUCUUAUCUGCUGGGGACAUGACUGAAAUAGGUGAAAGGGGAAUCAACGUAAGCGGAGGUCAGAAACAGAGAAUUAACCUUGCAAGGGCCGUAUACAGUAACUGUGACAUCUACUUAUUUGAUGAUCCGCUAAGCGCUGUCGAUUCACACGUUGGUAAAGAUUUAUUUAAAAAGGUCAUUGGGCCAGAGGGGAUGUUGAGAAAUAAGACACGGAUUUUGGUUACCCAUGGAGUUCACUGGUUACCUAAAGUAGAUGAAAUUAUAGUCAUGGAUAAUGGUCGUAUAUCAGAACAAGGCACUUUUAAACAGCUCGUUCAACAUAAUGGACCUUUUGCACAGUUUAUGCAAGUGUAUCUUCUGCAAGAUGAAUCACUGGACGAAGAAGGCGACCACGAAAUAAGUAAAAUAAAAGAUGAUCUCUGGGAUCAAAUAGAAGUUGUCACCUCUGAUGGUGGGUUUACAACAGAUGACAGCGUUUUUAUAAAAGAAGGUUUAUCUCGCCGACAAUCUGUUAGGCGACUUUCAAGACAAAACAGUAUUAUAACAUCAGAUGGAAGUCUAUCUUCUACUAUGAUAGCAGCCUCAAUGACCAGGAGGCAAUCAAAAUCAAGACGGGAAUCAAAAGCAAAAAUAUUUAGACAGUCAUCAAAAAUUGAUCCACCAUUAGCUGUCGGUGUAGAAGGCCAACUAAUUCAGGAAGAAGUCACAGAAGAAGGAUCGGUCAAAUUUUCAGUUUUGAUAGAAUAUGCUAAGGCUAUGGGGUUGCCAGCUGCUUUCAUCGUGUUCAUAGCCUUAGUAACUCAACAAGGACUGAAUAUCUAUCAAAACUUUUGGAUAACCUUUUGGACAGAGGACAGUUAUCUUAAAAAUGCGACUCUGGUCCAUACCCAGAAAUAUACAGACAAAAAAUAUUACUACCUAGGCAUGUAUGCUCUACUUGGAAUUUUGCAAGGUAUUACACUAUUCUUGUUUGGAAUAGUAGCAUUCACAAAAUUUGUAAAGGCAACUGGUUAUUUACACGACAGAGGACUUGAGUGUUUAUUCCGAUCACCAAUGUCAUUUUUCGACACGACUCCAGUCGGAAGGAUUAUGAACCGUUUCAGCAGCGAUAUAGAUAUUUUGGAUGAUAGAUUUCCUAGAACAUUCCGUGCUUUCACGUUGUUGGGAUCAUUACUUGCUGGCACAGUAAUCGCCAUAGUUGUGGUUACACCAUUAUCCUUGGCUGUCAUCAUACCAAUGUUGAUAUUGUACAUUGUUGUUAUUAAACUCUACAUACCUUCCGCUCGACAGCUUAAAAGGAUAGAAUCUGUUACCAGGUCACCUGUAUUUAACCAUUUUAGUGAAACUAUAUCUGGUGCAAGCAUAAUUCGGGCGUACAAAUCAGUAAACAGAUUUAAAGAUGAAAUAUAUAGACGUUUAGAUACUAAUACAACUUUCUAUUAUGCAGCUAAUGUUGGAAUGGGAUGGGUUGGAGUUUUCAUUGAAUCAUUGGGAAAUUUGAUUCUUUUAGCUGUCGCAAUGUUUGGCAUUAUGUCUACUGAUAUAAACGGUGGAGACAUCGGACUAGCAUUAACAUAUGCUGUUCAGAUAAUCAUUGCUAUGAAUAUUGUAGUCAGAGGAGUUAGUGAGAUGCAAAUGAACGUAGUAUCCAUUGAAAGAUGUGAAGAAUAUACGCAUUUACCUCCUGAGGCAGAUUGGAUACAAAGACAAAGACCUCCGUUAGAGUGGCCACAGAAAGGAACAAUACAGUUUUGUAAUUACAAAACCCGUUAUAGAUCCGGACUAGAACUGGUUUUAAAUGGAAUAAAUUGUAAUAUUCGGAAUGGGGAACGGAUAGGCAUUGUCGGUAGGACAGGGGCAGGUAAAUCAUCUCUGACGCAGGCGUUGUUCAGACUUAUAGAACCAGCAGAAGGUUCGAUAGUUAUAGAUGAUAUUACAACUACAACAAUAGGUUUACAUGACCUCAGGCGAAAGAUAACUAUACUACCUCAGGAUCCAGUCUUAUUUUCUGAUACAUUGAGAGUAAACCUUGAUCCGCUUGAGAAGUUCUCAGACAAUGAGUUAUGGAAAGCAUUAGACCGUGCUCAUUUGAAGGAAUACGCCAUGAAUCAGUCAGGACAGCUUAUGUCAGAACUCGGAGAAGGGGGCAGUAAUCUAAGUGUUGGUCAGAGACAAUUAGUAUGUUUAGCUCGAACAUUGCUUCACAAAACAAAUAUAUUAAUCCUUGAUGAGGCAACAGCUGCCGUUGAUAUGGAAACAGAUGAUUUAAUCCAACAGACAAUAAGUGAAGAAUUCGCAGAGUGUACUAUAUUAUCAAUAGCCCACAGAUUAAAUACAGUCAUGGACUACGAUAGGAUCAUGGUUAUGGACAAAGGGAUGAUCGUAGAAUUUGAUGAACCUGACAAUCUUCUGAAGAAUGUCGAUGGAACUUUCUAUUCAAUGGCAAAGGAUGCAGGAUUAAUUUGAAUUGAUGAAAACAUCUAAUAACUGAGAAAAAGAAAUGUAAAAAAGAUAGCUGUUAAUAAGUCAUUGCAUAUUUUAUUGAAAUGUUUAACUCACUAGAAUAGUGCAUUUUUAUUGUAUUUAUAUGGAUUAUUAUUUUUUUUAUAUAUGUAAUGUUUAAAUGUAUUAAAUGAAUGGUCAUUAUAUUGUGAAAACCACAUGCAU